AUGAAUGGCAAUAAACUUCAAAAACAGAUUCAGCUGAUUGUUAGCGAUUUAGGCGAUAAUCAAGAGAUAAUGAGCUAUACAAAACUUAAUAACGAAAACAGUUUCAAUGAAUUAGAGUCCAACCGAUUGUCCGAAUUAUUCAAAGCCUCGCAAGUGUUCAGAUAUAAGACAAUACAAAACAAGUCGUUAAAUGAAAUCAUAAAUCUAACCGAGGUGAAUGAUAUGUGCAAUAUGAUGUUGGACCUGGACGUGUUGGAUUUGAUCCAGUUUACCAAAUCGUUGACAUCGUUUAAAAAUAUGUGUUUCAACGACCAAAUGGCACUUUUUAAGUAUGGAUGCCUUGAGAUGCUAAUACUUCGCUGCUCUAUAUUUUACGAUACUAGUACUCAAUAUUGGAAAUGGGUCUGGAAUCGCGAGAAUCCGUUCGUAGCCGAACAGCAAUUAUAUAUUUAUUUACUCCAACGCUAUCUAUAUCUGAGAUACCGAUCGGAAGUGGAAACACACAUGAAAUUAGCGAAACUUAUGGAUCCGUUAAAGGAUUUACAGAUUAUUUGCGACAUCAAGAAGAAAAAGGGUUACGAGUUAUAUAUGGAUACUUUCGGACCUAAUCUUAAAGAGAUACUCUACGACACCACACUUUAA